AAUCCUGUCGAUGAGCACCAAGAGGAAGGGAUGUGUCGAUAUGCAUCAUCGUUGAAUAUCAGAGGAUUACGUCGUUAAGCAACUUACAAUCUCCUCGUCUGGUUCCCCGUCAUCAAGCUUGCCGCCAGCUUCAGUCGCGGAUACAUAUACGUGAUGCAGUGGUACUCGAUAUUUAAGUAUUGAAUAUCUAGGAUCCAGCCUGAUGGCUCUCGCAGAAUACCUAGUGACGUCAGGUGGUGACUGGUGCCGGUGAUUUGCCACCGACGUGUUAAACACUGCCGAAGUGGAAAAGCGACGCAGGGCGGAGUACAUGAACCCCACCAUGGCUUCUGUAUGCAGGCUGCUCUUUCAUUCUCGCCAUGGACUCUGUUCCAACCUCAAUGAUUCCCUCAGCAACUGCGAGGUCCCCAGAUGAGAGCAAAGAACCCCGCAUUACAGAGCCCCAUCACAAUACAUCAGUCGUCGCUAGUACUGUGGAGCCACCUCCUUCGUUUCCUGCAAAUGAAACACCUCCUAUCAACGCACAGUUGAAGGAUCCGGAAGUCAAGGAUUUUGGUUGGAAUGCUCCGCCGAGCAAGAUUACAGUCCCUCUCAUGCAUGGAUUGUCGAACGAUGAUAUCUAUGCAUUGGUUAGACGAUUCAACAAGGUACGCCAUGCGUUUGGUCCGUCUGAGUAUCCAAUAAUUGACUCCGCGCAGCAAAUCUUCAACGUAAGAGCUAUACCUCCUCCGCCUCCUGGAGUGCUGGAUCUAGAAAUCUCGGAGAAUGAGGAAUUCUCUCCUGACAAGCUACGUGCUACUCUCGAACGUCUGUAUAUGACUGUUGUUGUCGGCUUGGCCGCCUUUGCUAAACACGUUGCACGACUACGCUCUUGGAAUGAACCGAGACGGACAGCCGUGUUCUGCGCGGCGUACUACAUCGCUUGGUUGCUCGGUGCCCUCCUUCCUGUUAUUCUUCUAACAGUUAUCACCCUCGUCGUAUACCCGCCGUCCCGCAAGUACCUCUUCCCCUCUGCGCCUCUUUCCCUCAUCUCAGGUACAACUGGAAACCUCCAAACUCCCAAAGCCGGUUCCCUAGGCAGUCCAGACUCACUCUCUGGUGCGCCAGAAGCUCACAAAGGCGAAGCCGUUGAACAAGAAGCGCGUCACUUCGUGGCUGGUCUCUCAUCUGUGGCAGUCAGUACAGCGGCUGGUAAAGGACCAGGGGAAGAUGGAAAUGGCAACGCUAUCGGAGGUGGAGAAGCUGAAUCCGAGGGUAAGGGGGAGAGUCCGACAAGUAUCGAUGGCGCUGUCCCGGAUCCUGUCGGAAUGGCCUCAGAGGCGGCAGAGAGUAAGCAUCUGGCGAGCGGGGAUAAUGCGAAAAUGGACCCUGCGAAGAAACCUGUUGAGGACGCCAUAUGGAUUAAAGCAAGGCCUGGUAUGAGGGCUUUGGAGGAAAUCGUUGAUGGAUGGGAACGAUUUCAUAAUGCUUUAUCACCGACACCGCCGUUCUCGAAGACAGUUCGUCUUCGACUUGCGGCACCUUUGGUCCCUCUUGUUCUCGUGACGUACUUAGUUCCUGCGACUGUCUUCCUUCAUAUGGCUACGUUCCUCUUUGGGUUCGGUUUAUUCGGUCAACCCCUCAUCACUCGAGGUGCAUAUUGGCUCUCUAAUGAAGUACCCCACUGGCGGGAGUAUCUAGAACUGAGGAGAACGCUCCUGAAGGGUGUUCCGACGAACGCUCAGCUUACCCUCACCCUCCUCCGAAUUGCCGAGCGGAACAAAGCACCCCUGCCACCUCCUCCAACGUCCGCCGACGGACCCACUCCACCCGCUUCAGGAGAAGGCGAUCCCUCGGAAGUACAGUUCGACACCUCCAAUCACGACGUUGACGCUGAUUCUGAUCAUGAGUCGGAGCAUACGGCUACUUCUGCCGAGUACGAUCGACUCAGCAGCAAUGGGGACUCGCCCACGUUGGCUUCCAGUGGAGGAGGAACUGGGGACAAGGAAAAGAAGGAGAAGAAGAAACCUGGGAGGAAGAUCGCCGGGUUUGUUAAGGGUGCUGUGAGAGCUAGUGUGGAAGGGGCAUUGGGUGCCGACCAUGUCAAAGCUUCCGUUGGAUCUGAAGCAUCAAAGAAAAGGAUCGGCGCUGUAUCCGAUCCUCCUCUUCCUGUUUCACGCGAUGUGGAUGCAGACGAAGGUGCAAAGGAACUGAAAGAGUCCCAGGAAUCGGAAGUGAAACCUGGGCCUUUAGAGGACGGCGAAGGACCAUCAGUUUUCUCGGCACGUUAUCAUGGCAAGAAAGGGUACAUUAUCCUCAUCGAAUCAGCCACUUCACCAUGUGUCGUUUUCGUCAGCACGAAACCGUCCAAAUCAGUCCUCGCCUCCCUCUCUUCCCUCUCCCAAUCCAGCAAGGAAAUCGAUCCUAAAGACUUACAUUCGGAACUCCUCAUUGGACUUCCCGAUAUAACCGAAAUGAGGAAAGUCGGUGGGUUCGGUUGGAAAGCGAAGAUGGUUGUGGGGUGGGCGCUUGGAAAGGAAGUUGUGGACGGGUUGGAGGUUACGGACAAGGAGGGCAGCAAGUGGGUGUUGACAGCGAUAAGAGGACGGGAUGAGCUGUUCAAUCGGUUGAUUGCCAUGGGGGAACAUAGGUGGGAAAGUUAUUAAAGGUGAACUAAUCAGAUCUAUUCUCUUGCUUUCAUCUUAGGUGGUGGUGUUGAUAAUCUUCUUCUUCUAGUAAUGAGGUAGAUGGGGAUGGAUCUGGGGAUAAUACACGGUGCGGUAGUUGUUGCAGUGUAUUGACGACGUCUAUUUACUGACGAUGGAAAACGCAGCUACCAUGUAUGAUCAUCGAGAACGCGUCGUUUCAGCCUCCUUUGAGUGUAUGGGAACUACUGGCAAUAAUUAAAAUCGGUGUCCGGGAAAGUUCAGUCAGGCACAUCACCUUAUAGGUCAUUGGUUCGUUUUGAGUGUGCCCUCUUGAUGGAAGAUUGAAUAGGUGACGAGAUGUGCAGGGUAUAAAGACCUUGAAUGCUCAAGUUUCUAGGUUCGUGUGCGACAGUCAUGCUGCCACUCUAUUAUAGAUCAAGACAGUUUUCGAGGUCUUUGCUUCAAUUUCCCUCUCCUGACAUGCCGAGAUUGUGGGUGCUCUUGCCCUAGACUUC